AAUUUUUGUAUGAUUGGACAAGUAUUUCAUGUUUGCGCGUGGCACAAGGAUAUCUUCAUGUCUUAUGCAUACAGUAACCUUAGGGUCACGUAGUCUCUUAGCGAAGAGUUCAAUCACACGGGUUUCUGGAAGGAUAUGGCGUACUUUAGAGGCACUGCAGCUAAAGAAAUCUUUUUCAGAAACUGUUGACGAGACUCGGAGACCUUCUGUUUUUGAUCCUAGUAAACAAUCUGCGUUUUUGAACUUGACAGGAGGAAAUCUCAGUGAAGAAAAGAGAGGAAGAAAAGCCGUGGAAAUUGCAAACUCUAUCGCCAAACUAAAUAUGACUUCAAAUGAGAAGUUGUCAAGCGAAGAUGUAGUUUGGAUAGACGAGAAAAUAUGCCUAGUUGGUAUUGGCCUUCGUACAAACUAUGAUGGCUUUACCAAAGCCUUGUACAGCGGAAUUUUCAAUUCGAAACGUGUUGCAGCUGUCAGAGAUAUAUUUGAUCGGUCUAUCUCGCAUGCUACUCUAAGCAGCUGUAUCAAAGUAGUCUCUGAUGAUAUUGUUGUGGUUUUAGAUAGCGUGCAAAAUCCUUUAAAGAGACGACUGGUCAAUCUCUACUUUGAAACGGAAAAGUUUCAUUUCUCCUUGGAAAGACAUGACUUGGAUUUCACUGAAUUUUUGCAUGAAGCUGGCUUGCGCGUUGUUCCAGUUUCAACCGAAAGUGAAGUAGUUGCAUUUCGUCGGGAAGAUGUUCCUGUCCAACAAAGCACAAACCAUGUUCUUAUGGUUGCACCUACUGCCUUUGCGCCGAACGUAUAUACUGCUGAGGAUAAUUUUUUUAUGGAUUCUGCUCGCAGUCAAGAUGUCGCAGACCUACAACAGAAAGCACUUUGUGAAUAUGCAUCACUAUACAACCUUGUUACCGCUAAAGAUGCUGCUGGUCUUCGAGUGCAUUUAUUUACUCAUGAGCCCUAUCACGACACCCCUGAUGCUGUAUAUCCAAAUAACUGGUUCAGUACUCACACUGAUCUUGAAGUUGGAGAAUGUACACUGGUAUUGUAUCCUAUGAAGGCUCCCAAUAGACGAAAAGAGAGGCGACCAGAAUUUCUUCAUCGACUCUUUAUGUUUCGUAGAUAUACAAAUGUCUUUGACUUGACAAGACAUGAAGAAGCACUGGAACCCAGAUUUUUAGAAGGAACAGGAAGUCUCGUUCUUGAUAGGGUUAACCGAGUGGCAUAUUGUUGUCUGUCGGAACGAACAGACCUUACUCUUGCCAGAACCUGGGCAAGAGUUAUGGGUUACAGUUUAGAACCUUUCACGGCAUGGGAUGCAUCGGGAAGACCAAUUUAUCAUACAAAUGUUAUGAUGAGUAUUGGAACCCGAGUUGCGGUAAUUUGUUCGAGCAGUAUACAAGAUAAAGAAGAGAGAAGAAGAGUCUGCACUCGUCUGAUGGACUCUCAUGAAGUUGUUGAUAUUUCUUUAAGUCAGGUUAAUAGUUUUUGUGGAAAUGUUUUAGAAGUUGAAAAUUUUUAUGGCAAGCCAGUCAUGUUGAUGAGUAGUACUGCAUAUCACGCAUUCGACAGUAAGCAGUUGGAACUGUUGCAAAAACACCAACACGACUUGCUUCAUGUUGAUAUUUCGACUAUCGAACGUGUUGGUGGAGGCGGUGUUCGAUGCUCUAUUGGCGAGCUUUUCUAAAUAUUUUUCUAAACUUUUCACGACUCACUUAGUACAGGAAACGUACGAAUUCUAUUUGAUAGACAUGACGACAAAAAAUGGCACCGAAUUAUGCCUACUUAUUGGUAAAUAGAAAGUCACUUGACAGUCUUCUUCGAAUAAAGUCUCGAAUACUAAAAAGUCUAUUUUGUCGAUAGAGUUUCUCAUGAGAAAAUGCUUCAAGUCGCAUAACAGCUUGUAUACGAUUGUUCAAAACACGGAACUAGAAAACUAGGCUUCAGAUUCAGACAGACUCCAUCUAUGGGAGGAGCAAUGAAAGUUUCUUGUCUCAAGACCAAUACGGCAAUAUUGGAAUUCUUUAGAAGUGUUUCAGAGUUCAGAAUGUUUUGCAUACAAGGUUCGGUGAGCUCUCCUCAGUAACCACAGCUAUAUUGAAGUAAUUUUGAUAGCGACACAUACAUCCAAUAAUUAUAAUAAUAGUUAAUAAAAGUAACAAGCCAUAA